GCUGAGGGGUGGUGGUCGAUAAUGGCGCGGAGGGGCGGGGACGACGAGUACGACUACUUGUUCAAGGUGGUGUUGAUUGGGGACUCGGGCGUGGGCAAAUCCAACCUCCUUUCCCGCUUCACCCGCAACCACUUCUCCCUCGACUCCAAAUCCACCAUCGGCGUCGAAUUCGCCUCCCGUACCCUCCAGGUGGAGGGUCGCACAAUAAAAGCGCAGAUAUGGGAUACGGCCGGCCAGGAGCGGUACCGCGCAAUAACCAGUGCCUACUACCGCGGAGCCCUUGGGGCGCUCCUCGUCUAUGAUGUGACCAAGGCCACCACCUUUGAGAACGUAAGCCGGUGGCUCAAGGAGCUCCGUGACCAUGCCGACUCCAACAUCGUCGUCAUGCUCAUUGGGAACAAGACCGACCUGAAGCACCUACGCACUGUCGCCGCGGAGGAUGCGGCGAGCUUUGCAGAGAGGGAAGGGCUCUCGUUCAUCGAGACAUCCGCUCUCGAGGCGACUAAUGUGGAAAAGGCAUUUCAGAUAAUAUUAACCGAGAUAUAUCGGAUUAUCAGCAAGAAGCCUCUGUCCGCGGAGGACUCGGGGCGGGGGCCUGCUGGGGGUGUCAAAGAGGGGCAGACCAUUGCGGUGUCGGCAGCGGAUGCGGGCGGCAUGAGAAAACAGUGCUGCUCUACGUAAAAAGGUGACAAUGCUCGGUGCUAAGAUGUUCGGAACUUUGUGUAUGAAUUCGAUAGGAUAAUUCGUUUACGAGACCAGAACAUUUACUCACUAAUCAUAUCGAAUUUCCACGUAUUAAGUACUGAGCUUCUAGAGUGACUCGAAAGAAAAAAAAAAAAAAAAGGUAAAUGGGAAAAUAAACUUGUUCAUGUUUUGUUUUUUCUGGAUGUUGAAGUGAAAUAAGAUUUUUCACAAUAAUUGCGGACUCACCGUCCCGCAGAGUGGAAUGGUGAUGCUGUGCUAAAACUGCAGGUUUCUUUUCUCAGUUUGUUGUAUUAGUGAUGGAUUGAGCAUGUCAUGUCAUGAGGAAGUAUUCUUUUGCUUUUUCUUGUGAAGGCAACUUCUGAUCAUUGCGCCGUAUGGUUGGCGACUGUGUUAAUAUUGUCAGUGAAUAGUGAUCAAAUUUAAUAAAUUUUUCUGUAUUGCUCA